UCUUGACAGAUGCAACAAGUGUAGAGCGUUGGCAACACUCACAAUGCGUAGCGUCGUUUCAUGGAAGAGAAUUUCAUGUCUGCAUCUAGCAUUUGAGAUAUCACCUCAUUACGACAGGACUUCCUCUUAGCACUCUCGGAUUUUGGGUUCCGCGACGUCUCCCUAUCUAAAUGUGAACAGUGAUAACAUGGAUCUUGUGAAAGCGGUCGUAUUGGGUGCUCUUUGGCCUCGCGCCACACGUAUCUCCAUGCCGAAAGCAACGUUCGACCAAAGGAGAUCACCAUUUUCGAUAAGAAUGAAGGUCGUACAAAUCACCAUAUCUUGCCUAUGACGGCUACGACAAAGACAUUUCUCCGGGAUGCCACCGAAGUAAAUUUUUCGCUUCUUGGAGGGCAAGUCACCAUAUAUCACACCAAAGGAGGAAUAACGGUAGGAAAGCAAGGCUGGAUUAAGAUGCGAGCAUGGUCACGCAUUGGAGUGUUGGUCAACCAAUUGCGCCUUCUGCUCGAUGCUCAACUUCAGGAAUCGAUCCGUUAUUCAAGCGAUGGUUGAUUUAAUUACGAAUGACGGCUUGGUUGGAGA